GGGAAAGGGCCGGCUCCCGCUGCUGUAACGGAUCCUCCUCUGCCCGCGCUAAUCCGGCUCCGUUACACCCGGCAUAGAAGAGGCUGCUCCCUCCCGGCGCUGCCACAGUGCGGAUGCUGCCGUCCUGACCGCCCUCUGCACCGGCACAGGAUCCCCGCUGAGCCAGGAGCACCCCAGGGCAGCCGCCUCCUGCCCGGAGCAUCCCCAUGGAGCAGGGCGGUGGGGCAGGCAGCGAGCCCGGGGCUGGUGGCACAGCUCCCCCCGAAGCAGAGGGCACUGCAGCCCCAGCGGCCCCCCAGGCUGCCCAGCCCCAAGGGGGUAUGGAGACGUCUGUCACCGAGGUGCAGGAUGGAGGGAAGGGCAAGCCCGGGCAGGAGAAGGCUCCGGCUGCUGCUGUGGCACAGGAUGGAGGGAAGGGAGAGCAUGGGCAGGAGAAGGCAGCAGGAGAGGCUGGAGGAGGGAAGGCAGGGCCAGCCCCAAGUGCUCCAGAGCCCCAGGAUGGAAAGAAGGCAGAGCUGGCAGAGGGAGCUUCAGCUGAGCAACACGAUGGAGGGGAAGCAGCACCUACAGAGGAGAAGGUGCUGGAUGCUGCCAAGGCCCAGGAUGGAGGGAAGAAUGAGCCAGGGAAGGAGAAGGCUCCGGCUGCCGUAAAGCCUGAAGGAGGGCAGGCUCCGGCUGCUGCUAAGGCUGAGGAUGGAGGGAAGGAUGAGCCCAGGGAGGAGAAGGCUCCGGCUGCAGGCAAGCCCAAAGGAGAGCAAGCAGAGCCCACAGAGGGGAAGGGCCUGGCUGGAGCAGAGGCUCAGGAUAGAGGGAAGGAUGAGCCCACGAAGGAGCAAGCUCCUGGUGGGUUAGAGCCUAAGGGUGGUGGGAAAGCAGAGCCCAUGGAGGAGAAGGUUCCAGCUGCAGCUGAGGCUGAAGAAAAGGCAAAACCCACCAAGGAGGCAGCCUUGGCUGCAGCACAGGCUCAGGGUGGGGGGAAAGAAUCUGCAAAGGAGAAACCCACAUCUGGUGCCAAGGAGAAAGCUCCAGCUCCUGUGAAAGCCCAGGAUGGAGGGAAGGCAGCAGCAAAGGUGGAGAAAACCCCAGCAGAUAAAAAACAUGGGAAGGCUCCGGCUCCUGUAAAGGCUCAGGAUAGAGAGAAACAAGUGGCAAAGGGAGAAAAAGCCUCAGCUGCAAAAACAGCUCAAAAGGGUGACAAAGAACCUGCAAAGGAGAAAGCCACAGGUCCUGCAAAGAAGGCCCCAGAUGCUGCAAAGGCUCACGAUGGAGGGAAGGCAGCAGCAAAGGCAAAGGAAACCCCAGCUGCAAAGAAGCCUCAAGAUGGAAGCAAAGAGGAACCUGCAAAGGAGAAAGCCCCGGCUCCUGCAGAAGUGCCGGAUGGAGGGGAGAAUGCUCCAAAGGUGGAAAAAACCCCAGCGGCAUCGAAGGCUGAGGAUGGAGGCAAGGAAGAGCCUGCCAAGGAGGAAGCCACGGCUCCAGCAAAGGAGGAGGCUCCGGCAGCCGUGAAGGCUCAGGAUGGAGGGGCGAAAGCUGCAGAGGUGGAAUCUCCCCCAGCUGCGGCAGAGGCCGGGGAUGGAGGCGAGGAGCCCGCAGAGGCAGCGGCAGCGGCCCCGGGUGAAGGGGAGCAAGCAGCAAAGGCGGAGGAGACGGGCAAGCAGCAGGCGAGGGGCGCCGAGCCCCCGCGCCCGGCUCUGCUGCAGAGCCUGAGCUGCCCGGCCGCAUGCCAGAGGGACGAGCAGCGCUGGGCGGAGGGCCCGGCGAUGGAGGUGAUACUGGAGGAGACCACGGUGAUGGAGCCGGCAGAGGGUCCGGCAGAGCCCGGCCCGGUCCCCUCAGCCCAGGGGGACCUGCAGCCCCCGCAGCAGCCCCCCGGCACCCCACAGGAGAGGACAUUGCCCAGUGCCACGGGGCAGGCCCCUGCGGAGCAGCCUGGCCCUGCGGGACAACCGUCCUCGACGGAGGCAGAGCCACCCCCGAGCCCCUACCUCACCCCCGACUUCGGGAAGGAAGACCCGUUCGAGAUACUGGAUGAUGUCCCUCCGCCACCAGCGCCCUUCGCUCACCGCAUCGUCACCCUGCGGUCUGCCAGCAUCAGCUCCCAGUUCAACCUCAGCUCCAAGGAGAUCCUGGGGGGGGGCAAGUUUGGUGAAGUCCACACGUGCACAGAGAAGCAGACGGGGCUCAAGCUGGCGGCCAAAGUGAUCCGGAAGCAGGGUGCCAAGGACAAGGAGAUGGUGCUGCUGGAGAUCGAUGUGAUGAACCAGCUGAACCACCGCAACCUCAUCCAGCUCUAUGAUGCCAUCGAGACGCCGCGGGAGAUCAUCCUCUUCAUGGAGUUUGUGGAGGGCGGUGAGCUCUUCGAGCGGAUCAUCGAUGACGACUACCAGCUGACGGAGGUGGACUGCAUGGUCUUCGUGCGGCAGAUCUGUGAGGGCAUCCGCUUCAUGCACCACAUGCGUGUCCUCCACCUCGACCUCAAGCCUGAGAACAUCCUCUGCGUCGCUGCCACUGGGCACAUGGUGAAGAUCAUUGACUUUGGGCUGGCUCGAAGGUACAACCCCCAGGAGAAGCUGAAGGUGAACUUCGGCACCCCCGAAUUCCUCUCCCCCGAGGUGGUCAACUACGAGCAGGUCUCCUACACCACGGACAUGUGGAGCAUGGGUGUCAUCACCUACAUGCUGCUCAGCGGCCUCUCCCCCUUCCUGGGUGACAAUGACACCGAGACGCUCAACAACGUCCUGGCUGCCAACUGGUACUUUGACGAGGAGACCUUCGAGAGCGUCUCCAACGAGGCCAAGGACUUCGUUUCAAACCUCAUCAUCAAGGACAAGAGCGCCCGGAUGAGCGCCAGCCAGUGCCUGGAGCAUCCCUGGCUCAACAACCUGGCCGAAAAGGCCAAACGCUGCAACCGGCGGCUCAAGUCCCAAGUGCUGCUCAAGAAAUACGUCAUGAGGAGGCGCUGGAAGAAAAACUUCAUUGGGGUGUGCGCUGCCAACCGCUUCAAGAAGAUCACCAGCUCGGGGUCACUGACGGCGCUGGGCAUCUGAGCGAGGGCUCCGCGCUGAGCCGAGGCCAGCGAGGAACCGCUUCAGAGGGUCUCACGUCACUCUUGCUUCUGGACGGCAGCAGGACCCUGCUGGGGUCCUCACCUCCCACUGUGGGGCCAGGGGCUGGAGCUGCUCAGCCCUGUCCCUGCCCGUGCUGCUGCGAGAUGAUGCUCUGGAUCCCAUGUCACUGUGGCACACGCUGCAUCCCUGCUCUGUGCCCCACGCCACCGCCUCCAUGGGUGCUGCUCCGCUGCGCUCCUGGGCCUGCACUUGCCUUGGCACCCUGCCCCUGUGGGACUCAUCAGGGCUGCGACACCACCGGGCUCACCUGCACCCGCUGCUGCACUGAGCUCAUCCCACCCCAGGGACCCGCUGCUGGGAAUGCCUAAAGCAUCCCUGCCCAUCCCCAUUGAGCCGAUGCUCCUGACUGCAUUUCCUUGGACUGCGAGGCUGCUCCUGAGCGGUGGUUUCCGAUCUCAUCCCUGGCCUGGCUGCGCAGUGCCCAACCCACGGCAUCUCUGCUCUGUUUGGGCUUCCUUCCUGUGGGUUUGGAGGAGAGAGGCUGGUCUGGCGUGAGCCCCAGGGCCCGAGCUGCUGUCCUGCUUUUGGACUGUGUGGUACUUGUUGCUGGCUGGGUUUAAACCACGGCAGCCGCCCUGCGCCCUCGCUGCUCCCUCGGACCCAAGGCUUGCCCACUCUGCCUGUAAAUGCCGCAGCCCUGCGCUGCCUUCGCUGUCUCUGGACCCUGAGCCGCCCUUCCCAGCGCUGCGCUUUGGCGUGAGGACGCCGAGGGCAGGCGUGGACCCUCACCCCGGCGCUUUGGCACCGGAGCUGGGGCUGAGCCUGCUCCUCAUCCUCCUCCUCCUCCCUGGCCGGCCACGCGUGCGGGCGCGGCGCUGGCCCCGAGCUGCGGCUCGCACAGGAAGGGAGGAAGCGGCGAGCGCUCUUCCAGCACCGUCCCCAGCUGGGAGGCAGCGAGGGAAGAAGGAGGCUUUGUGUUCCCGCUGCCCUCCCUGCCCUCCGGCUCUGCCAGCGGGGGAACAGCGCAACCUCUGCUUCCCCCGGCGCCACCGGAUCAAGAUGAGCGAGGAAAUGCGGAGCAGCUGCACCGCGCUCCCCCGCUCCUGCGAGCACCGCUCCAGCCCGACCACCAACACAGCGGAACUGCCGGGCGGCCGCGAACGGGGCUCCCGGGACCGGCCGCGCUGCGGGAGCCGGCGCUGACCCCCGCUCCUCCGCCUCACCCCGGACCCCUUCCCCUCUGCCCGCGCCCGCGGGGCUCCCGGGUGCUGCUGCAGGAUGAGCAUCCCCACGGCUUUGCAGCUCCCAGCCCUGCCCGUGCGGGGCUGGGGGCCGGUGGGGAGGGGUCCUGGGGUUCCCUUGCCCUCCAGCUUUGGCUUUUGCUGUGGCCAGGGCUGUGUGUUUGCUCCAGGGCUGCCUGUGCUCUCUGUGCCUGCUGGAAGAACCCUGGGGAGAGACCGGAGUGGCACCAGACCCCCAGCCCCACCCGGGGGCUUUGGGCUCAUCCCCAUGGGGCAGGGGACACUUCUCGUGGGGUCCUACCUGGCUCUUGUCUUCUUGUAAAUAAAUGUACAGGUCUUCCCGCA